GCGUUCUGAUCCGGUGAGGCGCUUCGGAUUUCCCCGGUAGAUCGCCGUUAACCGGAGGAUUUAACUAAGAGUUAGAGUCUGCUCCGGUUUGAGCCGUUUUUUGUGUUUUUCUUGCUCUUCCAUAAUGGCGGCUGUUCUGGUGGAUUCCGGAUUCUACAGCCUGAAGCCUUAAAACUGUGUUCAGUCCAAACGCCAUGUAAACAGCCCAGCCAAGAGUCAGACUGCACACAGGUUCAGAACCAGGCAGUAACCGGGCGGUAACCGGGCGGUAACCAGGAGGUAACCAGGAGGUAACCGGUCACUAACCAGCAGCAGCAGCAGUCAGGGUGGCUGCGCUGUCGUCCUGCUGCAGGAGCAGACUGAUGGAGAGCGACUGUCGGAUCCCUGUCGCCUGCUGCCGGCCGCGAGUCCUCGUCCUUCACGCUCUGUUCUGGGGCCUCGUCUCCCUCAGAGUGUUUGGAGCUGCUCUGCUGAGUGAAGAGAAGACGACAGCAGUGAAGCCUGUUGUCGCCCCCUGCUGGCUGCUGGAGGAGUUCAUCGUGACGGGGGAGUGUGUUCGCUGCAACGACUUCGACUCAAAGUCGCAGACGGCCUGCAGACAGACGGGAUACGUGGAGAAGGUGAACUGCACCAAGUCCAGCAGGGAGGAGUACAAGAGCUGUCGCUCUGCUCUCAUGGAGGAACAUCUCUUCUGGAAGUUCGAGGCAGCCAUGUUGGCUCUGACGGUGCUCUUUGCCGUCCUGGUUGUCUUCCGUCAGCGCUGGCUCGACCGCCUCGCCUCCGAAAAGGUCCGUCGCCAGAUCGAGUCCAUCUAGGAUUCCAGAGCCAGGAUCAGAACCAGAGCCAGGAAUAGAACUGAGGGCAGGAAGAACCUACACUGACUGUUAUUUAAAACUGCUGAACAUAAUGAAGAGGUUCUGUUCCAGUUCUGCUUCAUCUUCACCAGCGACUUCUUAUUCCCUCUUAACCCCCAACAGACUGAGCAGCAGAUAAUGAGCCAGAACCAGAAUCAGAACCGGGAUCAGACUUUCAGUUUCUGCUGUGGAGCCGACAGUUUGUCAGGUUAUAAUCCAGCUGUCAGAUCCUGCAGAUCUGUCGACCCGGGACAGACGGACACUGAGGCUCAAACUGGACCAGAACCUCAGCUUGUAUGUAUAGAUGGCCGAUCCGUCUCAGGUGAAGCCAGAAUGUGUCAGAACCAGGUGCUGUGGUGUUCAGCUGGAGCGUGGGCAGUAGUGAUCUGGUGCUGGAGGCAUCACGGUGGCUCAGACCCGCUCUGUGAUGUCACCACCGGUUCUGCCACAUUCUGACUUCAUGCAGUGUUUAACUACAAUCUGUGCGUGUGAAAACCAGGCGUGUGCACAAGAACAGAACCACCGUGAGGCAGCGAACCGGCGCUCGCUGUGAGACUGUGGAGGCGGGGCCAGUGGCUGAUGACGCUCUCUGAUUGGUCACAGUGUACUAGUACUUGCAGAGUAGCAGUACUCUGUUACAGUGAAAGUACCAACACCACAGAGUCAAAGUAGUACCAACAGCAUUUGUCUCAGAAGUCAGCAUGAGUGUUGAACUGUUCUGAGCACGUGCAGAAGGUAAAGUUUAGUUUCAUGUAAAAAGUCAGGAAAGUUAGUCUUUACAUCAGAUGACAGAGUAACGUUCUGAUCGGGUGGAACCAUCAGAACCUUUAAUUCUGAAACUGGAGCUUUAAUAAAGCUGAAUCAUCUGGAGCCUGAAGUUGGGUCAGAACUGGGUCAGAACAGGACAUCACUGAUCCUGGUUCUCCACCUUGACAUGAUUGGUUGACAUGUCCGCUCACUGGGCUCUGAUUGGUCCCUGCUCCAAACAAACGGUAGGACACCAGCCAGUCAGUAAAUCGAGCCUCUGAUUGGUUGACGCAUCUUGAACUCUUGUAAGUUUUUUUUCUCAUUUUUGUUUAAAGUCUUUAAAUGCAGCAGCAGCUGAUUUUACUGUAAAUAUGUUCCACUUUUGUUUCUCUGUGAAGUUUCUGGUUCAAUAAAUGGAAGAGAAACAA